CAGUAUGCUCUCCUACUAGUGUUUCUCCCCACCACCACAACAUUGGCAGCACGCGGGUCUUCUUUCUCCCUCUCUCCUCAACUCACAACCGCAGACACUGUCUAAAAUAACGAAGUGUUAGAUUGAAUUGGACUUUGUUGUGUGAAUGAUGUUGCUGCCAGAUCUGCCACCUCCCGUGGAAGGUAUCCGCCACCUGCAGCGGGACACUCAGGCCUUCAUGAACCAGAGGGAACUGGGAUCAGGGACCCUCUAUAUCGCUGAGAGCCGGGUAUCUUGGGCCAAAGAUGGUGUGAAUGAAGGUUUUUCUCUGCAAUAUCCUCACAUUGCCAUUCAUGCUAUCAGCAGAGAUGUAUCAAGCUUUGCCCAUCCAUGCCUCUAUCUCAUGGUUGAUGCCAAGUUGGAUUCUUCAGCGGCCAAUGCAUUGAAUGAUGGAGAUUCUGACUCUGAUGGUGAAGACGAUGAAUCGGCCAUGACUGAGGUUCGGUUUGUACCAUCUGACCAUGUCUCGCUGGAGCCCAUGUACAAGGCCCUCAAUGACUGUCAGCUUCUCCACCCAGAUCCAGAGGAUCAGCAGUCAGAUGAAAAUGUUGGAGAAGAUGAUGAUGAUGAAGAUGAAGGAGAGUAUGAAGUGAGUGAAAAUGGAUAUCAUAUGCCUAGUUCCUCUGAAGACAACCUGGAAGGUGCAGGCCCGGAGUCUGUAGUACCUGAUGGAAGUGUUGCAAGUAAUGAAGUGAGGAAUGGAGACAUGGAUGGCGAGGAAGCCAUGGAAACUGGGCAGUUUGAUGAUGCAGACCCAUAAAAAAAAAGGGGGAUUUUUUUUUUUUAAAUACAUUUGUCUACUUUUUUAAUAUUGUAACUGGCAAAAUUGAUAGCAUGCAUGAUCAAGGAAUAUGUGACCAGAAUUAAUUAAAAUCUUGUGUAAAGUGAGCCAAGUGAAAACAUGUUCAGUAACAUAAUGUACUGUUUGCACAAUGAAUGUUCAACCAACCAGGAUUUGAUUUUGAUAGACAAACUUAGUUUGAUUUAAAAAUUAGUAUUUGUAAAAAGGGAAUUCCUUUAUUUUAUUGUAUAUAGUACACUGUGUAUUUAAAAGACACUAAAAGCUUUGUACUUAAGAAAAUACUUGAGGUUCAGUUAUAUUUAGGUAAUCAGUAUACCAAUUCAUUUCCUUGCAGAUUCUCCAUUCAGCUGCUUAACUGAAGCAGACUCCUGCAUGCACCAUAGUUCUUUGUAAUGUUUUUUAUAUUAAGGCUAUACCAUGAGAAAUUUUGUCAUUGGGGCAUUGAGUCCUGCAGUUAAUUUGCCAUGAGGUUAGUUUUGCUUCUUAAAAUAUAUUUAAAAAAGUUACCCAUAAUGUAUAUCAAAGUGAUUUGUUAAUAAUGUUUGUUGUACAUUCAUGCAGUACCCAAAUGUCUUGGUUAAUUGAACAAAUAAGUCAUGAUGACCUUUCAGUUCUGUUGAUAGACCUCGUAUAUUUUUUAUGAUUCAAAAUGCUUGUCAUUUUAUUUCCUUUGGGGUACACAAAUUACAAUGUCUGAUUUCAUCAGGUAAAGUCAUGUAUUUGUAAUUGACUAUAAACCCUUUAUUGAAUAUAAUAUUGAGUGACAAAAAUAAAUAACUUAUUUUAAUUUUUAUUUUCAUAGCCAGGCACCAUCUAAUAAACAGGAAUUUGUUAA